CUGACGCCAUGGCUUGUGUAGGAUGUGCCUUACCGUUUCUUCUCGUAUUGCGUGAAUGUUAUUCAUACUAUGUUUUGUGAAAGUGGUCUUGCAAUCAAGUGUUUAAUUUAUAUUUAAUGUGCCAAGAUGGGCAGCAUGGAUAGUAAAUGUUCUGGAGAAAGUGCCAGCGCUGUUGAUAGUCAAGCUGAAAGAAGUAAUGGAGUUGCUUGUCGAGUGCCGAGUUUCGGAGUUGGGGGAGGUAGUCUCAACAAACCUAAAUUACCGAUGCCUGACCGACAGGAGUUGGAAGAACGCUUCGCUAAAGUCUUGG